GGAACGUUAAGGUUGACCUCCAAAACAACAGCACUGGACCUUAUUCAUCCCGACCAACACGAAACUUCCAUAUUACUACCUAUCUACGUGCUCAAUAUGACGGACCCCGCCAUUCAGGCUGCAGAAACCAUCCAAACGGCGUCCAUCAAUCUGUCGCCCUCUGCCAGCCGUGACAUCAACCCUCCAACCUCAUUAUCGGAAAAGAAGCCCCCUGUCGAGCUUACGUCCUCUGAUGCUGACAGCAUCCCUUCGGAUCUCAUUGACCGUCCUCCGGCUUUUCGGACCCCCGCGCGGCGACACACUUUACCGCCCCUACCUGACCUACGAUUCGAGCAAAGCUACCUCGCCAGUUUGAGAGGCGCGGACACUUGGGGGCGAGUGGCAUGGAUUACCAUCAGAGACCAGGUCCUUUUACCGCUAGUUCAAGGUACACUCUGGACUCUUGCGCUCUCGGGAUGGCGUUUUUGGAACCGCACUGCAUCUCUUAGCGGUCAAACGCUAGGGAGCAGGGUUAGGAGAUGGUGGUAUGAAGUCAAUAACUGGAAACUUCCCCCUAUGGUGCCGAGGAACUCCAAGGCGGCCGCCGCACAGGUAGAAGACUUCUACACUGCACAAUUCUCCAAUGCAGGUGCCGACUGAGCAUUCGAGUGGGGGAAUUGAGUAAUGGUUUAGGCGAUAUCUGUGUUUGCAUGCAUGGCGUUAAGGAUAUAAAUGGUUGUUCAAUUUCGUUCAUAUGUCCGAGAUUCCUUAUAUAUCCCGAUGUAUAGGAGGUGAUCGGAAUGACAUACUGUACACAAGGGUCAAGAGCAUUACUUCCCUUCAGCCUGGCGCUGAAUUCGACCAUUCAAGAUACACAUAAUAAAAACGAUACUGUCUAUUGAACAUGGAAACCUCAAUUAGGUACCUAAUAACAUUUUGAAUGUUCAUCGC